AUGGCUGAGAUCGACUUCUGGCGUGAUCGAUCCUCAAAGGUCUCCACCGUCUACGAGCAGCUGCAGCUGCCAGGCGUCAAGAAGGUGCUCGAGGUCCUGGAAUCAUCGGAGCCACCUGUGCUGCAGCAGUUUCAGGACCAGUUCGGAUCGCUCCAGCAGAUGCACAUUGUGGCCAAGGAUAACGUCAAGUUCUUGACGACUCUUGAGCGACAUUUCAAAAGCCUGGCAACGGGAUCCAUGCAGACCAUCGUCGAGACUUUGCCCUCGCUGAUGAAUGCAAUCCGGAUGGUGUGGAUCAUCUCCAGGUAUUUCAACUCGGACAAGUACAUGGAGCCGCUGAUGAAGCGAAUCGCCGACCAGAUUGCCGAAAAGGUACAAGAGCAGAUUAACAUCAAUCAGAUCCUGUCACUAGAUCCACCUAAGGCCAUGCAGAUCAUCCAGGACGGAAAGAGGGCAUUGGAUUCAUGGACUCAGAUUUACCUCGAUACGCGAGACAAGAUGGAGGAGAGUGCAACGACCCAGCGUUGGGACUUUGACCGUGCCCUGCUUUUCAAGAAGACGGGUUACAUGUCGAAGGUUUGUGAGGGCCUCUACGGGAUCAUGCAGGUCCUCGACCAGUUCUACAAGUUCUUAGGCCCAGAGCUGAAAGAGGUCACUGGAGACUCGCAAGGUAUCGACCAGCUGCUGCGCGAAGUGGAGGCGUUGAAGACGGAUUUCCGCAAUGUGAAAAAUGUCUUCGACGACUUCAGCCAGCCGCACUGGGAAAGCUCGCUCAGCAGGUUUCAUGAGAAGGUGGUCGUCAUCGAGGAAAGGGCCAUCAAGUUCCUGAACCGAAGCUUCCAAAACCUGCGCAGCGCAGAGGGCGCAUUCAAGCUGCUUCAGAACUUCAAGAACAUCGAGUCCCGUGAGCGGAUCAACAAGAAGAUGAACGAGAAGUUCGUGGCGAUCUUGCUGCGCUACGGCGUUGAAGUUGCGAAGCUCAAGGCGAUCUUCCAGCGGGACAAGGAAAACCCGCCGAUCUCCAAGAGCACGCCACCCACUGCGGGUGCCAUUCUCUGGGCCCGAAGCAUCUUCCACCGUGCGAAGCGACCCAUCCUCUCCUUCAAGACCAUGCCACACCUGUUGCAGCUACCGGAGGGCCAAAAUGCUUGCAAGGACUACGUGGAGCUUGGCAAGGAGAUCUUGGAAUACGAGCAGGCGCUUUUCGAGGCCUGGCAGACGACAGCGGUGGAGCUGGCGGUGUCAUGCUUGAAGUACAACGUGCUAAUCAAGGACCAGCGAACAGGAGCAUACAAGGUGAACUUUGCAAAGGAGCUUCAGCUACUGAUUCGUGAGGCCAAGUACCUGGACCAACUGGGUGGCUUCGAGCUACCCCACACGGUCCUGAAUGUCGCCCUGCAGCAGGAUCAGUACAAGGAGUUCGUGGAGCAACUAGACCUCCUGAUCGAUGCCUACAACGCAGCCGUGGGCGACCUCUCGCCAGUGCAGCAGAAGCUGCUGAGGAAGCAGAUCCUGGACCUGGACAAGUGCUUGAGUCCGGGUCUCUCGCCCCUGAAUUGGAACUCUCUGGGCAUCAAGGACUUCAUCGAGGCCGGCAACCAAGGCAUCACGAAGUUCCGCGGUGCCUUCCGCGAUCAGGUCGAGAAGAGCGAGGAGCGAAUCGCCAACGUGGUCAGCGCCAUCGAGAACGCCACGCUCGUGAAGCCUUUCGACUGGAACCGGGCAGACGUCAUGGACCACAUGGAGUUCGGCGAAUUCUUCGAGAGGCAUCGAUUAGCACAGCUGGAUGAUUUAGUGAAGAAGUACGACUCCAUUGGGCCUUUCCUGGUGAAGAUCGAGGAGACAACCGCUGGCACCAAGACUGGUAUGGCACCUUCCAUGGCCGAAUACUACCACUACUGGGAGCGGCGGAUCUUCAAUGCCAUCACCACGAUGCUCUUAAGAGGCAUGAGCACCUUCCAAACCUUGUUCAGCGCUGGCGAGAGGAAGAGGCCACCUCUCUUGCGGGUGAAAGCCGACUGCAGUGGAGCGGAGAUCGACGACAAUGCUCUCCAGUCCGUCUUCCGACUCAUCAGCAAGCUGCUGAAGAAUACGAUUCAGUCAGCCAAGUCCUUUGUGCGGUGGAUGGAUGGCACGUGCCGCAUGGUGCCUCCUCAGCCGGGGCAGGAGGACGAGCAGCAGCAGAUGUUCACAUUCUACCGCGAUGUGAAGGACAACCCCGCCUUGUUCGAAAUGACCAUCAACAUCCAGAACAGCAUCCAGAAGAUCUUCUCGAUUAUCGACAAGUUCCUCCGGCACUGGAAGCGCUACGAAGACAGGUGGAAGCUUUGGGACCCCAAGUGGAAGCAAGACCUUGAGAAAGUCAAGGAGAAGCGUCCACCUUUCGUCUUCUUCGAUGCCCACAUCUGCGUGUAUAAGAGCUUGGCCGAUAGCCUGGCCGCAUAUCCACCGGAGAAGGACAUCGGCUUCGUGCGCAUCGACUGCACAGCCAUUGUGGCGGCCAUCCGGACGCAGGCGAUGGAUUGGGUGGCCGGUUAUGGCGAUAUCUUGCGCCAGCUGGCAUUCAAGGAUCUCACGAGGAUCCAGGCGGAGAUCACCGAGUUUCGCGAGCAGCUGCAGGAGACCCCCGACUCCCUGGACAAGCUGAAGUUCAUCCUCAGCGUCAUCUCCCAGAUCUUGGCAGUGUCUAUGGACAUGGAGCUACGCAUGCAGGACGUCCGGGAACGCUACCGCACCCUGGAGCUCUACAACUGCCAGUACGAGAUGCAGGAGUACGAGGACGCGAAGGCGCUCUCCGAGAUGUGGCGCUUGCUGAAGGACGAGGCCCUGACGAAGGAUCGUCGGAUGGUCCGGGUGAAGGAGCACUUCUCGGAAGUCACGCAGGAGCAGGUCAAGGACUUCUCUGCUGAGUGCAAGGAGCUGUUGCAGGUAUUCAAGCGCGAGGGCCCAGGCUCGGAUAUCUCCUUGGAGGAGGGUGUGGAGUUGAUGAAGAAGUACGACAUCAAUGUCAAGCAGUUCCAGCGAAAACGAGAGGACCUGGUGAAAGCCCAGACUCUCUUCAACCUGCCUAUCCAGACCUACCCGGAGCUUCUGCAGUUGGAGAAGGACCUCCGACUCCUUCAGCAGAUUUACAAGGUCUACAUCGAUCAUGCGGCCAUGGUCAACGAGUACAGCAACGCCUUCUGGACGAAGUUCGACAUCAACGCGCUGACGAAGAGCGCCGAGGAGUUCGACAAGCUCGUCCGGCGAAUGCCCAAAGAGCAGAAGGAACUCGGAGAGCUGCAGACCUUCCAAAAGCUCGAGGAGGUCGUCACUUCCUUCAAGGCAGGAGUGCCCCUGAUCCAGCAGCUGAAGAGCGAUGCCAUCCGCAAGGUCCACUGGGAGGAGCUGAUGCAGCUCGCCGGCGUCGAGACGGAAGAUUUCGACAUUAAGAAGAUGACCUUAAACUCCGUCUUCGCAAUGCAGCUGCACCGCUACCCCGACGAGGUAAACGAGCUGGUGGUGACGGCUCAGAACGAGCUCAAGAUUGAAAGCGAGCUUGCGAAGAUUGACAGCACAUGGCGCAACAUGCCUCUGGGCCUGAAAGCCUACAAGGGCGAGCCCAACAACCCACGUGGCUACGUACUUCUCCCGAAUGAGGAGAUGAAGCAGACCUUGGACGACCAUGUCCUCACGCUCCAGUCCAUGAGCUCCUCGAAGUAUGCCGCGAAGCUCUUAGAUACCAUCAAGCGCUGGGAGAAGAACCUCUCGGUGGUCAGUGAAGUCUUCGAUGCCUGGAUGGUGCUUCAGAGGAAGUGGAUGUACUUGGAGAGCAUCUUCCUGGACUCAGAGGACAUUAGCAUGCAACUGCCGGAGCAGGCGAAGCAGUUUGUGCGCUGUCACAAAGCCUACACCAAGAUCAUGUAUGCCACGCAGGCCUCACCACAGGUGCUGUCGGCCUGUUGCCAGGACGGUCGACUGGAGGAGUUCAAGGGCCUAACCUCGGAGUUCGACCGGAUCCAGAAGUCUUUGACCGACUACCUGGACACGAAGCGCUCCGCCUUCCCGCGUUUCUACCUGAUCUCCGAUGACGAGCUCCUGAGCAUCUUGGGGACCAGCGAUGCACAGGCGGUGCAGCCUCACAUGUUGAAGCUCUUCGACAACUGCAAGACCCUGGAGUUCAGUCGCGGCAAGACAGUGGUGGGCAUGUACUCGGACGAGGGCGAGCAUUUCCGCUUCCACCAAGCUCAGAAGGCCGAAGGAGCCGUGGAAGAUUGGAUGCUCACGGUGGAUGAGCAGAUGCAAGAUACCUUGCAGCGGAUCUCCAAGACCGCGGUCUAUCACUACGCCUCCCAGGAGAGGAUGGAGUGGGUGCAAAACUAUAUCGGCAUGGUAGCCAUUCUUGGAACCCAGAUUUGGUGGACCUGGCAGGUCGAGGACGCCUUCCGGAAAGUAGCAGAAGGAGACAAGAACGCCAUGAAGAACGAGCUGAAGAAGGAGAACACCCAAGUUCAGGACCUCGUUGCCUUCGUGCGUUCGCCCAUCAACAAGCUUCAGCGCAAGAAAGUCAACACCUUGAUUAUCUUGGAUGUCCAUGCCCGGGACAUUGUGGACCGCUUCGUUCGCGACAGCAUCCUCAGCAAAGAGGAGUUCGCCUGGGAGUCGCAGCUCCGGUUCUACUGGGACAGGAAGAUGGAUGACGUGGCGAUUCGCCAGUGUACGGGGCAGUUGAAGUAUUGCUACGAGUAUCAGGGGCUCAACGGCCGUCUGGUCAUCACUCCGCUGACGGACAGAUGCGUCAUGACUCUGACCACAGCACUGACCUUCAACAUGGGCGGUGCACCGGCUGGCCCGGCGGGUACCGGCAAAACCGAGACCGUCAAGGACCUGGCCAAGUCUUUGGCCAUCUCCUGCGUGGUGACGAAUUGUGGAGACGGUCUGGACUUCCGGGCGAUGGGAGUGAUCUUCAGCGGCCUUUCAGAGACAGGCUUCUGGGGAUGCUUCGAUGAGUUCAAUCGAAUCAACGUCGAGGUCUUGUCCGUCGUGGCCGCGCAGAUCAAGACCAUCCAGAAUGGCUUGAAUGGUGGCAAGAAGACUGUCGAGAUGCUUGGUCGUGAUGUGGCCCUAAAGACCACGAUCGGUUACUUCAUCACCAUGAAUCCCGGCUACGCGGGUCGAUCUGAGCUGCCGGACAACCUGAAGGCCCUCUUCCGUCCGGUGACCAUGAUCGUGCCGGACCUUCUCAUGAUCUGCGAGAACAUGCUCAUGUCCGAGGGAUUCAACAUGGCGAAGGUGCUGGCCAAGAAGAUGACCGUGCUCUACGCGCUCUCCCAGGGCCAGCUGUCGAAGCAGUACCACUACGACUCCUGGGACUUCAAGCUCCGAGCCCUGAAAUCCGUGCUGGUCAUGGCCGGCGACCUCAAACGCGCGGCCGGCGAUCUGCCGGAAGACAAGGUGCUGAUGCGAGCUCUCCGAGACAUGAACAUGCCAAAGUUCGUGAAGCAGGAUGUUCCGCUAUUCCAGGGCCUCUUGAACGACCUCUUCCCGGGCCUGAAGGUGCCGCGUGAGGGAAACCCUGGUCUGAAAGAUGCGAUCAUGAAGUAUUUCGAUGACAACCAGAUGCAUUCGAAGUACGAGGAUAUCUACCAGCUGCAGGUGGACAAGGUGAUGCAGCUCUACGAGACGAUGCUCACUCGCCACUCCACCAUGAUCGUGGGGCCCACGGGUGGGGGGAAGUCUGUGGUUCUGAACUGCCUUGCGGAGGCGCAGAAGACGGCUCUCGGCCUGCCAACCACGCUUCUGCCGCUGAAUCCAAAGGCCAUCACCACGGAGGAACUCUACGGCGUCCUCGAUCCCCAGACGAGAGACUGGACGGACGGGCUGCUGUCCAAGAUCUUCCGUGAGAUGAACCAGCCACAUCCCGCAGACAAGCCUUGCAGGAGAUACAUCCUCUACGACGGCGAUGUCGAUGCCAUCUGGAUUGAGAACAUGAACUCCGUCAUGGAUGACAACAAGCUCCUGACCCUGACCAACGGAGAGCGUAUCAGGCUCGAGAAGCAUUGCGCCAUGCUUUUCGAGGUUUUCGACCUUCAGUACGCCUCGCCCGCCACGGUCAGUCGAUGUGGCAUGCUCUACGUAGACGACAAGAACCUUGGCCCUGGCCCGUACUACGACCGGUGGCAGCGACUGAAGCAGACAGAGAAGCUCCGUGAGUCCUUGGAGGAUUUGUAUGAGAAGUAUGUUCCGCACUUGAUCUCUUUCAUCUUCGACGGCCGACAGGGCGAUCAGAUCGGGUCACCCCUCACGGGCUUCAUCCACCGCUCGGGCAUGGGCAUGGACUCCGUGGUGCAGUUCACUCGCCUCUUCGACUCCAUUUUCGACGAGGGAACGACGCCCAUCGACUUAGUGGAGAACAUUUACAUCUUCUGCUUGACCUGGUCUCUGGGCGGUCAUCUCGACGAGAAAGGCCGUGUGGAGUUCAACGACUUCAUCAACAAGCUGGCCCAGAAAGUUCUCCCAAAGCAGUCCCUCUUCGACUCCUACUUCGACUUGGAGCAAGGGCGCUGGACAUCCUGGGAGGAUUUGAUGGAGGCUUUCGCCCCACCUCCGGGCAUCGACUUCAACAAGAUCUUCGUGCCCACCAUCGACACCACGCGCUACUCCUACCUGGUGAAGCAGUUCCUGAGCAUGAACCAGCCGGUGCUCUUCAUCGGCGAAAGUGGGACUGCCAAGUCUGUCACCAUGCAGAACACCUUGGAGAGCUACAGCUCGGAUGCCUCGGUGAUCUUGAACAUCAACUACUCCUCUCGUACCAGCAGCUUGGAUUUCCAGAGAACCAUGGAGGACAACAUCUCGAAGCGUACUGGCCGAAUCUUCGGACCAGAGCAAGGAAAGAAGCUGCGCAUCUUCAUCGACGACUUGUCAAUGCCAAAGAUCGACCUCUACGGCACCCAGCAGCCUUUGGCAUUGCUGAAAUUCCUCAUGGAGCGCAUGUUCAUGUACGAGCGCGGCGGCGACUUGGAUAAGAUCAUCAUCCAGGACUGCCAGUUCGUGUCCGGUAUGCAGCCUCCGGGUGCGGGACGCAACACCAUCGAUCCCCGCGUGGUGUCUCUGUAUGCCUGCAUCGGAAUUACCUUCCCGGCCGGCGAUACCGUGGAACGAAUCUACUCGUCCAUCCUCAAGAACAGCUUCCUCGGCUUCGACAACGCAGUGCAGGAGGCCAGCUUGCUCUUGCCUCAGGUCACGAUGAGCCUCCACCAGGCGGUUUUGGACAACUUGCCACCCACACCCACGAAGUUUCACUACAUCUUCUCACUGCGCGACCUGAGCCGUGUCUUCCAAGGCAUCUGUCAGGCUGACCCGCAGGUGGUGAACAGCGCAUCUUUGCUGAUCAGGCUGUGGCGGAACGAGUGCACACGUGUCUAUGAGGACCGCUUCAACGAAGAUUCGGACAAGGCCUUCUUGAGUGAGAAGCAGCUGCACAAUAUCAUCAAGACGCAGUUCCAGAAGAGCUCAGAUGCCGCGCUCCAGGAUCCUCUCGUCUGGGGCGACUUCCGGGAUGCUUUGGACAUCCUCGUCAAGAGCGACACGCCCUACUCUGCACCACGGGUCUACGAGGACCUGGGCAGCUGGGAGUCCAUUCGUCCCAUCUUUGACGGCAUUUUGGAGCUUUACAACGGUGACAAUAGUCCCAUGAACCUGGUUCUCUUCAACGAUGCCUUGGCACACCUCGUCCGGCUGCACCGCAUCAUCCGCCUCACCCGCGGUAUGGCCCUGCUGAUUGGCGUCGGCGGCAGCGGAAAGCAGUCGCUGACGCGGCUGGCGACCUUCGCGGCGGGCUACAAGCUCUAUGAGAUCACGCUGUCCCGAGGUUACGGUGACGAUCAGCUCCGUGAGGACCUGAAGGCCUUGUACACCAUGACCAUAAAGCAGCCCAUCAGCUUCCUUUUCACGGAUGCCCAUGUUGUGGAAGAAGGAUUCCUGGAGUACAUCAACAACAUUCUGACUGUAGGCAUGGUGCCAGCACUCUUCGGAGACGAUGAGAAGGAGCCUUUGGUUGGUGCCAUCCGGGCGAGGGCGCGUGGUGAAGGUGUGUCGGAAGCAGGCAUGUGGGCCUACGCUUGUGGAGUCAUUCGCGACAACCUCCACCUGGUGCUCGCGAUGUCUCCGGCAGGUUCUCAACUACGCACUCGAUGCCGGAACUUCCCCGGCCUCGUUGCUGGCUGCACCAUCGACUGGUUCUUCUCCUGGCCGCAACAGGCACUUCUGGCGGUGGCGGAGCAUUUCCUCGCUGCUGUCACGGGCAUCGACGACUUCAGGACGUCCAUCACAGACAGCAUGAGCUAUGUCCACCUGUCGGUGACGCAGGAAUACUCGCCGCAGUUCGAGGUGAAAUACAAGCGGCGGAACUUUGCCACCCCUAAGAACUACCUCGACUUCCUUGCUAAUUACAUGAAGUUCCUUGAUCUGAAUCGCAACAACCUGGAUCAGAUGUCCGGCCGCUUGGGUGGCGGUCUCGACAAGCUGGUGCAAGCAGCCGUCCAGGUGACUGAGAUGUCGAAGGAGCUCGAGGAGAAGAAAGCCAUCGUGGAUGAGAACGCGAUCAAAGUUCGAGAGCUCAUUGACAUCAUCAACGAGAAGACCGAGGCGGUGACAAACCGGAAAGAAGAGGCCAGUGCAGCCGCAGAGCAGAUCGAGAAAGACUCCGUCAUCAUCGAGAAGGAGAAGGCGGAUGCCGACGAAGCGCUGCAGGCAGCUCUGCCGGCCUUGGAAGCGGCCGCCAAGGCCUUGGAGGAGUUGGACAAGAAGGACAUCUCUGAGAUCAAGGCCAUGGCCACGCCGCCCCAGCCCGUGAUGAUCGUCUGCAUGUGCGUUUGCAUCCUGCGGCCCUUGGGCAAGGAGGAUGAAAGCCAGGGCUGGAUCGGAGCGAAGGCCAUGCUGUCGGAUGUGGGUCUCCUGAGGGCGCUGCAGGAGUAUAAGAAGGACGAGAUGAAGGAGAAGCAGAUCAAGCGGAUCCGAGACUACCUUGGCAAGGAGAAGGAGGUCUUCGAGGGCGAGAAGAUGAAGUCCGUCUCCAGGGCCGGCUACGGCCUGCUGCAGUGGGUCCUGGCGAUGGUGAAGUACUACGAGGUGGCUCGUGGGGUGGCGCCCAAGAGGGAGCUGGUGAACAAGCUCCAGCAGAAGAAGGAGGAGGCCGAAGAGAAUCUCAAGAACAUCAAUAAGGAGCUUAAGGAGUUGGCCGAGAACCUGGAGAUUGUCACCCAAGAAAGGCAGGUGCAGAGCGACAAGUUGAAGCAGCUCAAAGAGGAUGCAGACACCAUGACCAGGCGACUGAAUGCCGCCUCCCAGCUUAUCGAGGGCCUGGGCUCUGAGCGAAAGCGUUGGACCGAAGACUUGCAGAAGAUGGGUGAGGUGAAGAAGAGGCUUGUCGGUGACUGUUUGCUCAAUGCCGCCUUCGUGAGCUAUGCCGGGCCGUUUAACCACGAGUUCCGGAAGGAGAUGGUCUACGUUGACUGGCAGAAUCGCAUCCAGAGCAAGUCCAUCGAUAAGACGGAAGAGUUCAAGAUCGAGACCUUGCUGACCUCGGACGUGGAGGUGGCAGCCUGGUCGGGACAUGGCCUUCCCACCGACGAGCUUUGCGUUCAGAACGGCAUCCUGGUCACCCGGUCCUCCCGGUGGCCUUUGUGUGUGGACCCGCAGAUGCAGAUCGUCACAUGGCUCAAGAAGAAGGAGGAGAAGGUCGGGCUCACGGUGAAGACGUUCAACGAUGAGUAUGUCAAGUUCCUGGAGCUGGCUAUACAGUACGGUAAGCCCUUCCUCUUCGAAAACCUGGAUGAAGAGCUGGAUCCCAUGGUGGAUCCUGUGCUGGAGAAGAAGAUCGUCCUAGUGAAUGGACAGAAGAUGAUUACUCUGGGUGACAACCAGUUGGAGUGGAAUGACAGCUUCAUGCUUUACAUGACCACGAAGCUGAGCAAUCCGAAGUAUACGCCUGAGGUGAUGGGCAAAGCCUCGAUUGUGAACUGCGUGAUCACUCUCGAAGGUCUUGCAGCGCAGCUGCUGAAUGUGGUGGUGGGCUUCGAGCGACCAGACCUGGAGGAGAUGCGCCAGAAGCUGGUUCAACAGAUGUCCGACAACCGGCAGGUCAUCAAGAGCCUUGAGGACACCCUACUUCGGGAAUUGGCCGCCUCGAAGGGCAGUAUCCUCGACAACGACGAGUUGAUCCAGACGCUGAACAACGCAAAAGCCAAGUCCAUCGAGAUCGGCGAGUCACUGGAAACUGCUGCCAAGACUGCGGAGGAGAUCGAGAAGACUCGAGGGCUCUACGUGAGUGUUGCAAAGAGGGGCUCCAUCCUCUACUUUGCCAUGUCUGGCAUGGUCGCCAUCAGCGAGAUGUACGAAUACUCCUUGAGCAGCUACUUGGGUGUUUUCGACACUGCGCUCCGCGACGCCAAGCCUGACAAGAUCGUGGACAACCGUCUCAAGAAUCUCCGCGAGAAGAUGACACAGACCAUGUACGACUACACCUGCAUGGGCGUCUUCGAAAAGCAUAAGUUGCUCUUCAGCUUCCAGAUGACGUCCAUGAUCUUGGACGGCGACAAUGACCUCGACAAGAGGGAGUUCGACUUCUACAUGAAAGGCAACCCUUCUCUGGAGAAGCCCAAAGAGCCGAGCCCCUAUCCUUGGCUCUCGGAGUCUGGUUGGAAGGACCUGCAACUCCUGAAGACCUUUGACGACAGCAUCAAGGACAUCUGCGAGGACGUGAAGAAGUAUGGCGAUGAUUGGUACAACUGGUACGAGUCCGAGACCCCGGAGUCGAUAGACAUGCCUUGUGGCUAUAAGGAGAAGGUCGAUUUGUUCAAGCAAGUGCUCAUCAUCCGCAGCAUCAGGCCGGACCGGAUGAUCACAGCCACCAAGGGCUUCAUCGCCUACAAGCUGAGCGACUACUAUGUGCAGCCGCCCUCUUUGGUCUACGACAAAAUCUUCGAGAAAUCCAACGAGUUCAUGCCGAUUGUGUUUAUUCUUUCCCCUGGGGCCGACCCGCAAAGCGACGUGGCCAAGCUGGGCGAUCAGCUCGGCUUCUCGGGAAGCAAGUUCAAGUUCGUGUCCCUGGGUCAGGGUAUGGGAGGAGUGGCCCAGCAGACCAUCGAAACUGGCUACCAGCGAGGUCAUUGGGUCAUGUUACAAAAUUGUCACCUCUUAGCUUCCUGGCUUCGUACCUUGGAGAAGAUCCUUGAGCAGAUGCACAAGCCACACAAGGAUUUCCGGCUUUGGCUAACCACCAUGCCGACGAGUGCUUUCCCCAUGGGCAUCCUGCAGAGAUCGCUGAAGGUGGUGACCGAGCCGCCUGAGGGGCUGAAGUUGAACAUCAAACAGUCCUAUGCCAAGAUCUCGGAUGGGGAUCUUGAUGCCUGCUCUCACGAGCGGUUCCGCCCGCUGAUGUAUGUGCUUGCCUUUUUCCACGCCGUGGUGCAGGACCGGCGAAAGUUCGGCCGAAUUGGCUGGAAUGUCGCAUACGACUUCAACGAGUCUGAUUUCAAGGUUUCGGCAAAACUGCUGAACCUUUACCUGCAAAAGAGCUUUGACAAGGGAGAAGUCCUGCCUUGGGAAACCUUGCGAUACCUCAUUGGCGAAGCCAUGUACGGGGGUCGCGUAACAGACAACUACGACAGGCGUGUCCUCACAACCUACCUGGAGGAGUACAUGGGUGACUUCCUCUUCGACGAGAACGUGAAGUUCUUCUUUAGCCGCUCUGGUUUCGAUUACGACUGCCCUCUGCAGGGCAACGUGGCCUCCUACCAGCAAGUGAUCCUCACGCUCCCGAUCAAUCAGUCGCCCUCCGUCUUCGGGCUGCACCCGAACGCUGAGAUCAACUACUUCAUGAACUCAGCCAAGGAGGUUUACUCUGGGCUGAUGGCAAUGCAGACAGGCGGAGGUGGUGACUCGGGAGGUAUGAGCCGGGAUGAGAUCAUUGACAAGACAGCCUCCGAUAUCCAGUCCAACAUUCCGAAGGAUGAGCUCAAGUUCCUCAAGGAUGGAGUUCCGACACCUCUCGAAGUUGUACUCAUGCAGGAGAUUGAGCGCUAUGAAGCCCUGGUGAAGCGCAUGGUCGGCAAUCUUGCAGACCUGAAGCGCGCGAUCAAGGGCGAGAUUGGCAUGAGUCAGUCCCUGGAUGAGCUUGGCACCUCCAUGUUCAAUGGGCAGGUGCCCGGUGGGUGGAUGAAGAUCGCGCCGCAAACGGAGAAGCCUCUGGGCAGUUGGAUGGAGCAUUUCGUCCGUCGCAACACGCAGUACUCGGACUGGUGCAGUAAGGGUGACCCAGCGGUCUUCUGGCUCAGCGGUUUCCACAUCCCCGAGAGUCUGCUCAGUGCGCUCGUUCAGGCUUCCUGCCGUCGCCGCGGGUGGGCACUCGACAAGUCGACGCUGUACACGAAGGUCACAAAAUACAGCGAUCGAAGUCAGGUGCCCGAGAGGCUGAUGGACGGAACCUACGUCGAGGGACUGUACCUUGAGGGUGCCAGAUGGGACCUGGAUGCAGGCUGCCUGGCGCGACAGCUGCCAAAGCAGCUCAUUCAGCUCAUGCCCAUCAUCGAGGUAAUUCCGGUGGAGGCAAACCGGCUGAAGCUCCGAGAUGAGCUUCCGACACCGGUCUACAUCACUCAGUUGCGCCGGAACGCCAUGGGAGUGGGCUUGGUCUUUGAGGCGAACCUCCACACGAAGGAGCAUCCCAGCAUCUGGGUCUUACAAGGUGACAAGACCUACAACCUGCAUCAUUGUUGGGAAGAGUGCGAUCGAGACAGCCGCUGUCACUUCUGGGACUACGGCCUCGGUUCCUGCUCACUGCGUGCAGAUGCAG